AUGGUUGAUGAUGAUGAAGCAGAAGAUAAUGAUGAUGAAGCAAAAGACAUAAAAUUGUGGGUGAAGUCUCAGUUGUCUUCUAUAAGGCAUGAAUUUGCGGAGAGUGUUAAGAAGUUAAGAUCUCAGAAUCUAAAUCUUCUGAAAAAGAUCAGGGUUCUGCAAUCUGUCAAGUCUUACAGGUCAAGACCGUGUACUCGUCAUCCAUCCAAGAAAGAUGGGAUAUCCAUGGAGACCUGCAAAGAUUCAGUUUGUUCCCCACAAAAGCAUCUGGAUGAAACUCCAUCCAUGAAGACUUGCAAGGAUUCUGAUGAUUCCCCACAGAAGCAUCUGCAUCUACCUUCUCCUCGACCUCCUGCUGUUUUCGAUACCGCAACGAAACCAUCUCCUAAUGAUGUUACCGAGAAUUAG